AUGCUUCUUCACACCCCAAACCCCACCUCCCCCUCUCUUCAUCCUUCACCCCCCCUCCCUCCUAUCACUUCAUCAUUCACCGGCCUGUCUCCUGUUCCUCUGUUCACCAUCCUCACUCUCCAUGCUUCCCCUCAAUCUCUCUUUGUUCCUCCACCCCUCACAAUCCCCCCUUCCCUUCUCUCACCACCCCACCGCCUCUAUCUCAUCCUUCACCACGCAUACUCCUCUCCCUCCAUCCUCCACCACCUUCCCUCCCUCCCCACCACUCAUGGCAACCGCUCUACCUCUCUCUCCACCAUCCUCCACCGUCCUCCCCCUCACCGCACCACUCACCACCACUUUUCUUCGCAAACCACGAGGUUUUACAGAGCAACUAACCAGGCGAUCCCACCGCAUCCGCGUGCGUCUCACCUGAAGCUCCAGAUUUUCCCUCUUACGCUUCAGGUGGAUUUCCUGAUGGUUCAGAUGUUCUUUCCGUUGCUUCAGGUGUUCCUCCAGGUGUCUCAGGUGGAAUUCUUCCUCUUUCAGGAGCAUCUCCCUCUGUUUCAGGUUGAACUCCUGCUGCUCGUUCUGUUGCUUCAGGUAAUCCCCCUGCUGUCUCAGGAGAUCCUUCUGUUGCUUCAGGUGUUCUUCCUGCCACUUUAA